AUGGCCACGCAGCGGAGCAUGCGGUCGCUCCUGCAGGCCGUCGCAAUGCUAGUUGUGGUCUUUGUUCUCAUCACAGGAGUGGGGAUUUCUCAGUAUGGCGACAGUCUUCCGAGGAUUAAGUUCAGCCCGUCUGGAAAUUCGGAUUCAAGCCUAUCAGCGAAACCUGAAGAAGCCUCUAAAGAUCAACCGACACAUCCGCCGGACUCGACACCACCUUCCUCGUCACCCUCAACAAAAGGCAAUGCCACUCUACGAGCACAAGCGCCACCAUAUGUCCGCGCAAUUAUGGAUCCGGCUGACGUGACAUUCCCACGCCUGGAGUGUCCACAGCCAAACCUCGAGCGCUAUAAUUACCUAGGGCGCGCGUCGGAACCCACAAUCCAUGCGCAACUCCCAAGGUACUUCUUUGCACUCGACUUGCAUCAAUGCGUUGAUCUCCUUCCACGACUCAUUGGCUCAAUUUUAGAAACCAUACUCUUUCUUGGUCCACCAAACUGUGUAUUGUCCAUAGUAGAGGGGAGAUCGGAUGAUGGUACUUUUGAAGUGCUUGAUGAGCUACGUUCCAACCUGGAACUGCUAGGAAUCAAAUACCACCUACAGACAAGCGAUGUGAACCCAACGGCAGAAGGAACGGAUCGCAUUGAAGCGCUUGCAGAGCUUCGAAACCUCGCGCUCAAAGAUCUCAUCGAACACCCAGAGCAUUACGACAAGGACACCACCGUCAUAUUCUCCAAUGACAUUUCGCUUUGUAUGGAGGACUUUUUGGAGUUGAUCCAUCAGCGCAAAUUCCAGGGAGCCGACCAGACCUGUGCCAUGGAUUGGACGUAUGUUGGCGACAACCCGACUUUUUAUGAUGUUUGGAUUGCUCGCGGCAUGACUGGUGACUUGUUCUUCAGAAUUCCCGAAGACGGCAGCUGGGAUUUUGCAUGGGAUCUAUUCUGGAACGACCAAAAGUCAAAGUCGCGACUUUCUACCUGGAAACCUUUUCAGGUGUUCUCGUGCUGGAACGGCGUGACUGCGUUCACUGCAAAACCAAUCAUGGAGAAGAAGAUCAAAUUUCGGGCGCAUAUGGAGGGAGAGUGUUUUCAGGGAGAGCCGAAGCUAUUUGCCAAGGACAUGUGGUUUCACGGCUAUGGUAAGAUCGCUGUGGUACCAAGUAUUAAUGUGGAGUAUAGUGACGAGGCGUCGAAGAAAAUUAAGGCGCUGAAGGGAUAUACUUCUAGUCAUGUUGAGAAUGAAGGCGAUGAUAUCAAAAUUAAUUGGGAAACUUCACCGCCGGAACAGGUGAAGUGUAUGCCUGAGCAUCAGCACCAGUCAUUCAAGCCCUGGGAUGAGGGACUACGGUCCGAGGGUUCACCGUAG